GAAUCACAAAAGCAAGAACACUUUACUGGUGGUUAGGUGCUAGAAGCAUUUUCAAUCUAGAAUUUGCAGAAUGAAAAGGGCGAAAGCAAAUUCACACAUUAGCCGAACUCAAAAUUUAACUCCAAGCGGGCCAAAUGGAUCUCGACACAAAAUAAUUCGUGUCUGUGGACAUGGCCAUAGCUUCGUAGGGCGAAUGAUUCACUGUCACCGGCCACUCAUUGUAGCCCAGCUCUCGUUGUAUAAAAAGCGUAGGCAGACGCGGCCCAGCUAGCAGCUCUAUUUCAGCCCAGUUUAUGAUUGCACGGCAACUAGUGGGAUCCAUUGAUUGAUUCCACGGUGGCUACACACAGAACACUACUUGGUUCAAUGGAUAGGAACCGAAACGAGGCAGGGCCCCAUUCCCCCGGAAAGUGGCAUGGGCUGAAAUGGACCUGAGUGAACACGCAGCACGCAAGGGGCAACUUGGUCUUGUCAUGUAGCACAGCAGCGUGGAUAUCGUUCCCAGGCUCCAGGCAACGAGAGGUGCAGAAACAAACUCCCCCACGGUUACUCUGCAGACCAAAAGCAGCAGCAUACCAAAGACCCAAAGAAUCGAGAGGAGAUGCUUACUCUUAACACCGUUCGGACAUCCCUUCCCUCGCCGCGCAGAUCCUCCCCGCGCCGACAUGCAGUGCAUCUAAGCAGGAGGAGAUUUUCCAUCUGCAAGAGCAGCUCCGAAGAUGCUGGAUCCGACGCACCCCUGCCGCACGGCGGUGACCAACGCCAGCAGGAGGUGCUUGCAAAAAUCGCCAUGCUUCAGACGCAGAAGGUCCGGAUCACAAACUUCCUGGACGAGCGGUCUGCUUACCUGACCAAGUUCACCAAGGACGCCGACACCGAGUUCGACAUGAUUGGGCAGAACGCCAUGAAAGAGCUCGAUCAAAUUGGGGACCAGAUAAUGGAGCGUCUCGACAGCAAGAUGCAGUCCUACGAGGAGACAGCUGAAAUGCAAAGGCAGGAGAUAGAAAUGAAUGAGAGAGUGUUAGAAGACUUCGAAGACUGGAUCGAAGAGGAGAAAAACGAAGGCAUGUUCUUCAAAAGCCUUGGCAAGGUCAAAAAACCUCAAAACAAUGAGGAAAUCAAGGUGAAGGCCAAGAUCGAAGCACAGAAGGUCAGAGAGAUUGCAGAGGAGAGUGCAGGGUCAAAAACUCGGAUGAAUAUAUACCUUGCACUCAUGGCGAUACUCGGUCUUACAAUCGCAAAUGCCGUCUUUGCAACACCAGAGGUGGAAUGGAGGAAGGUUGCUGCUCUGGGUCUAAUUUUCAUUGGCCUGGUUGCUCAGGUCACCUAUGAGCAAGAUAUAUCCCCACCGGGAGCUGACAAGAAUGAAAAAAGAGAUGAAUGAAAGAGCUGUGCACCCUGAGAAAACAUCAAAAAGUAGCAAGAGCUUCAUCCAUAUAGAUGUAGACUGUAUAAAAUCAAGAUAUAGAUUGUGUGAUCUUAGUUAUCAUUUAAGGUGUAGCUUGGCCUAUAAACCACAGGUUUCUCAAACCUGAGGUCUGAUAAACUCAAGCUAUCUUCAAUCUUGCAACAAAGAUAUGUUUCAGCAA